UCGAUGACGUUACGUCUUUGUUAUAUACGUCAAUGACAUCAACGUCAUGGUAACAAAGUUGGGCAUGUUUUGUCAAAGGGUGCCACUUUCGGAUGGGUAAGUUUUUACGCAAGGAAAAUAUAACAGUAAUGACAGAAAACAAUAUGGCUCGUAUGGAUAUUCAGGAGCGAAACUGUUCAAUCGGCAUGUUGCAAGCCGGUCGGUUAUUAACACGUGUAAUGCCGACAUCGAGCCAGGCGCUCAUACUUAAGAAAGGCGUACUGACGGAGGAUGAAGUGCGACCGACGUCGUCGGGACAUUGGCCGGGAUCUCAGUGCUCUGUGCCGACAGGUGUGAGAUCAGGUCCCCAGUACGCGUUCCGUACCCCGGCCCACUGCAGCAUCGUGACCGUCUACAACUUUGGGCAGGGGCUUGUGGGCGGGGGAGAGACAUGCCGGUGCCGGACGCUAUGCACGUCUUUGGGCGCGAGUCUGCGCAGCUCUUCAAGCAUCAACCGCUACCGAGGGGUUACACCAGCAUCCUCGCAUUCGACCCAGACUCGAAAUCUUAUCAGUGGUGUGCGCAGUGCGGGUCUGGUUCCUCCAUGGAAGUUGAUAAAGUGGACAGCCGGCCCACUUCCGGUCGGUGUCGGCCCUUUACCGCCGGGCCUGACAGAUCUUCCAUCUCUGCAAAGUACCCUUUUGCUGGACCCGGACUGCGUGUAUCACGCCACCAGCCACCAUGCGCCGCGAUCCCGGAGAGAGAGCCCACAGAAACCGGACGCACAUAGCGGGACCGCGGCACGGGGCGCUGUUGAUCAGAGAUUGACGCGGCAACGCCAGAUGAUCAAGCUUGCCCGGACGCGAAUGUAAUGCGCAGUGACAACAUCGACCGGAUCGCCCCCAGUCUGCACAUGCGCAGUUACAACAUCGACCGGAUCGCUCCAAGUCUGCACAUGCGCAGUGACAACAUCGACCGGAUCGCAACAAGUCUACACACACGCGCAGUGACAACAUCGACCGGAUCGCCCCAAGUCUGCACAUGCGCAGUGACAACAUCGACCGGAUCGCCCUAAGUCUGCAAAUGCGCAGUGGCAACAUCGACCGGAUCGCUUCAAGUCUGCACACGCGCAGUGACAACAUCGACCGGAUCGCCCAAAGUCUGCACAUGCGCAGUGACAACAUUGACCGGAUCGCCCCUAGUCUGCACAUGCGCAGUGAUACAAACACCACCCAGUCGGCCGAACGCCGCAGUUUUCAGUUUCCGGAACAACGAAAACGUGUCCCACUCGGAGGCAAAAUUGUAACACUUCACUUACACGACGCAUUGUGUGACAUUCUAUGUCGACGUUUUUUUUAUUAUUUUCGCAAACAACGUAACUUAUUUAGAAACUGUACCUUAUAAUUUGUGUGAUGUUAGUGAAUACAACGAAUUUAAGUUGUAUCUACCAGCUACUGAUACUAUAACAGACGUUCGAUUGGUCAUUGUCGGCUCGGAUACUACUUACAUUUACCCCGGGUACUCAUAUGUAUACUUACAUGUACCCCGGGUACGAUAAAUAAACUAAAACGUAUCCGGGAAAUUUAACGCAUAAUCGGCCGUUGUCGGCUAUUUUUUUAAGUAU